ACAAUGCACCAUUCAGUCCCCUGCCAGGAAGAAACAUGGCUGCCUACUGUUCGCCGACGUUAUUUUUAUUUACGUUUCGUAUGUUCACGGUUUUAAGGCAGACAGCGGAAGAAAGAGCCAGUGACAGAACGUGUAGAUACGUUUUGUAACAAAUAAAUCAGUCAUCAGAGUUUCAGGAAGAAGGCGCCAUUUUUUCCAGUCGUAGUGACACUGACUGUUAACGCUGCCGAGUGCCUCUUUUUUGUGAUUUUCGCUGAGCUGUCAGGCUUCUCAUCACUGUCGGACUGCGUCUGAAUUGCCUUUGUUAGCGUGUUAAGCUAACUAAACUGCGAGUGAAACGCAUAUAUAAUUGUCGCUAUGUUUAGCCCCGUGAAGUCUUCUUAUUUCAGAGUCAGUCCGACCAUUAUCAACAGAGAACUCGGCAAGACCAAGAUGAGAUAGCAAGAGGGCACAACGGAUUGCUAACACACGAUUCAGGAUUCAGGAGCCCCAGUUUAACUGAGAGAAAACGAAGGAAAUCACUCAGCAUGUUCGGGAAUCUUUUCGAGGAAGAGGACGAGGAAGGGUUCGCUUCGUCCUCCUCCAAGGGGAGAGUUGUGAAGGGCAGACACGAGCCACCUCCUCCCCGAGGAAGAAGCAAUCUGUGCGGCAUCAAGAACCAGGGGGGCACCUGCUACCUCAACUCCCUGCUCCAGACCCUGCUGUUCACCCCAGAGUUCAGAGAGGAGAUCUUCAGUUUGGGCCCUGAUGAACUAGGAUGCCUGGAGGAAAAAGAGAAGCCAGGGGCCAAAGUCAGAGUGAUCCCGCUGGAGCUGCAGAGAUUGUUUGCCAGUCUGCUGCUGGUGGACCAGCAAAGUGCCUCCACCGCCAACCUCACUGACAGUUUUGGCUGGAACAGCAGCGAGGGAACAAAUCAGCAUGAUGUUCAGGAGCUGAACAGGAUUCUGUUCAGUGCGUUGGAGCACUCUCUUGUGGACACCACUGGUAGUUCUUUUAUCCGCAGACUGUACCAUGGGACCAUUGUCAACAGCAUUGUCUGCAAGGAGUGUGGCAAUGUCAGCCAGAGACAGGAGGACUUCCUGGACUUGACGGUGUGUGUUUGUGGCAUGUCUGGCCUGGAGGAGACUUUGUGGAACAUGUUUGUGGAGGAAGAGAUGUUUGAGGGCAAUAACCUGUACCGCUGCGCACAGUGUGACAGGCUGGUCACUGCUGCCAAGUCUGCCAAGCUUAAGAAGCUUCCUCCAUUCAUGACCAUGUCUUUGCUGAGAUUCAGCUUUGACUUUGCCAAAUGUGAGAGAUACAAGGAGACGGGGCGCUACAGUUUCCCCCUCACCAUCAACCUGCAGCCAUUCUGUGAACAGACUGAUGGAGAGGAUUCUGAUUACUCCUACGAAUUGUUCUCUGUGAUUAUCCAUAAAGGUGGCUGCUAUGGUGGUCAUUACCAUGUUUAUAUCAGAGACAUUGAUCAGCUGGGCCAAUGGGAGCCGCCGGAGGAGGAAUACAAACCCAAGACUCAGAGGAAAGUUAAAGAGGAGGUCAGGAGGGAAGUGCGUGAGCCAAUACUUCAAGAAGAUAACCCUUUGUCUGUCCUCACUGCCAUUAUUGCCCAGGAGCCGUCAAAGAGCGUCCUGUUGGACCAACUGGGACAGAGGCUUAUGGAUAAGAUUGGUUCCUCCUGGAGCAAGAAGUUCCGAAAACACUGUGGUCCCAUAGGAAAGUUCCUGCAGUCCCAUAGUGACGUUUUCAUGUUGGUGUCCAAUGGCACUCGAGUGGCACUGAAGGCAAACCCACCGAGCCCUGUGACUGAGCCCCACUGCCCAGCAGAGCAGACUGCUAACUCUGAUCCUUCAACACCUUCAGACCAUGAAGUUGCUGAACAACAGCCGAAGCCUGAAAAAGAGCAGGGUAGCCACUGGUUCGACCUUAACGACUCCACGGUGAGCUCCAUCAGGGAGUCUGACAUAGAGAAGCAGUUUCAGGGCAAAGAGAGUGCAUACAUGCUGUUCUACAGAAAAACACAGCUGCACAGGCCCAGCGAAGCUCUGUACAAUCCUCAAUAUAAAGUUCCUCUUCACCUCAUCCAGAUGGCUCAGGAGGAAAACAUCAGACUGCAGCAAAUGCGUGAGGAGUUUGAAGCCACUAAUAACACUGUGGAGCUGCGUCUCCGCCUAUCUCCCAAUUACAAGCUAGAGAAUGGAGCACUGCAGCCAAUCAGCAAAGAGCAGAACGGGAGCACUGCUCUGAGUUUCGACCGUAGGAAGACCGUGGGAGAGCUUCGGUUAGCUAUUUAUCAGAUGCAUCAACUGUGGGAAGGGGACAUGGCUCUGACUGUGGCCAAGAGUCUCCCUGCAGGUUUGCACCUCUACAAUACUCUUACAGAUGACAGCAUCUCCCUGUACAGUGCAGGCAUUCAUACAAACACUGAUCUGUUUGUGUGGAAUGGCAGAGAGGUGUGUGGUAUGACUGUCCUAACAGGAGCCGAGUGGGAGCCAGUGCUGCUGACUGUAGUCCGUCCCUUUUUGGGGGAAUAUGGGGAUUCGGUGUUGGAGGACAGGGUGGAGUGUGAGGAGGGAAGAGGAGGUUUUGAAAAUGGAGGGCCUGGGCUCAAAAGGGAGGCAAUAGGUUUUGCAGGUGCUGUGACUCUUGGGGAGGUGAGGGAGGCUUUGGGGGAGCCAAAGGAGAGCCUGCUGUGCCAGGAGCAUAAAGGAGGAAAGAGAGGAGAGCAAGGGGCAGGAGAGGGCGGAGGGGCAAGUGGAUGGAAGCUGUUCCCCCCCGAUGACAUGCAGCGGACGCUAAAGGAGCUGUCGCUGAAAGACGGAGAUGCUCUGUUGGUGCUGGAGCCACAGUCCUUGGACAGCAGUGUGUUCACUCUGAAUGGAGACAUCGUCACUGUGACUACACCGUGUGACUGCCGCUGGCUCCAGGUGGAGUUUCAACCACAUGGAGGGGGAGGAGGGGAGGAAGGAGAGGAGAGGAGAAAGGUCAAGGUUCCAGCUACUGGAAAUAUGCUGCUGUGUGAGGUGAAACAGAGGGCCAUAGAAGAGCUGCAGCCACAGGAGCAACCCCUAGGUGCACAGUACUGUCUGAGACAGGUGGACUGCACAGGGAAACUCCUUCCUCCAGUGUGUGAGGAGUUGAGCGUUCGCGAUGCAGGGGUGCGACUCAUGACCACACUGACUCUCUGUCCGGGAAAUGCCCCUAAGGCCUCACAGCUUUUCUUGCACUUCUCUGUGGGUACAGCGCCCUCUGCUGGCUUAGAGAUGGACAUCAUUGUGGAGAAUACUUGCACUGUGAAAGAGUGUCUAAAGGCAAUGCGGGAUGCUGUUGGACUUGAUGGCACCUGUUGGCACUUGAGGAGGCUUGAUUGGUGUGAAGAGGUUGGAGAGCCACUUAUGGAUGUGGAUGCUUCUCUGUCAGAGCUGAAGAUAAGCAACGGAGAGACACUCAUCAUCACAGAGGGACAGCUUCCUCCCAAGGGUUUUCUCAAGCUCUCUGUGUGGCUGUAUGUGGAUCCCAGAAACAACCCCAUGGAUUUUAAUCACACUGACAAUGGUCACACUGAGGAGAAAACGUUGUACGUUGUGCCUGCAAGCGACACGUACAGUAACUCACCUCCUGUGUGUGCCGGCAGCAUGGCAGAGCUGAGAGGUGUAGGACAGGUGGAGAUAUCAGACGAGGCCACACUGGAGGAUCUUAAAACUCAGGUGUUGACGCUGCCAGCCCUUCAGGAUGUGUGUGUGCCUACUGCUGCAUUCAUGCGUGUGUGGCAGCUUGAGGGACAGAGGAUGGCACGAAUCCUCAGAGGACAUCAAGUCACACUCAGGAAAUUGAAGCUGACCAGUGGUACAGACCUUUGUGUGCAACAGCUGCUAAAAGAGGAAGAUCUCGGCCCUAAGGAGGUGUUGCUAAAUGUUAAAAUGGGAGUACCAGGGGAGAGGUGUUACUACCCUCCAGAGGAGUUGGUAUGGGAUGCAUCCUGCGACUCCUCUCCUCGCUCUCUACGCACUUGUCUGGCUGCACACUUCGGCCUCUCUCCCGACUCUCUGCUGUUGGCCAAACACCAGCCAGGCAAACACACCUGGGAAGAAAUCUCAAACUGGAGCCAGCAGGUCUCCAAAAAGAAAAAAAAGAAGAAAACAGAAUCACUUCUGGGAGCACCAUUUCACCUUAAAGAUGGCGACACAAUUGGCAUCAAGAAUCUUUUGAUUGACAACAACAGGGACUUUGUCACUCUGGAGGAUGAGCAGGGCCAGCAGAGACUCAGAGAGGAGGCAGAACAACGCAGGAAAGGAGGGGAGGCUGCUGGCUCUGAUGGUAUAGGACCACAGAAGAAUACUGGACCAACCAAAGCCAGGAAACCAGAGGUGGCGCUGUCAAUCAAUGUUGGGGUAUUCAGAUAGCACCCUGUUCCUAGUCAGUCAUAACUACCACAUGCACACACCCAGAUGCCACACUGCAGGACAAUCCAGUUGACGUCAGUCUUGGUCAUCUUUUUACUGUAUAUCUUUCAAAUACAACAAAGAUCUAGCUGUCAAUUAAUUUGUUCUUCUCAUUGAUCAGACUUGUUGAAAGGACGAGAAGGAAUUUUAUUUUGGCUUUUUCAGUUUUUCUUAAGUAAGAGUUAACUGUAAUUUGCAUUAUGUCUAUGCAAAAUUAUUGAAUCUGUUGUCUUGCUUCCUAUCCCUGCAUAAUUUCUCACUUCACCACUCAUGCCCCUUAUUUAAUUACUGUUUUUUUCUGAGGGAUAUUUAAAGACAGUCUAAUUUUCAGGAGAAAAAGAUUGUUUUGCUGUUAAUUAUAAUCAGAGAAAACAGUUUCUACUUUUUUGGCCAUUAGUGGCUGGUUAGUUAUAUACUGACAUCUAAUAAGAGUUUCUAUCUCAUAUACUGUUUUGACAAAAAUGUAGCAAUCAGGGGGAGAAAACAUACUGGUAGCCGCCAGCCAGUGGCAUUUAACUUCUGACAUGUUUGAUAACUUGUCCAGCACAACAAGCCACCAUAGGAAUCAAACACGUUGUUGGAUUUCGCUGUUGCUCAUAAAGUAACUUGUUAUUUUUAUGAUAAACCUGCCACUGCGUCAAGAACAAACGUCAUGGGCUUGUUUUAGGUUGAUAAGGGAGAGGAGAGAUAGGCCUUAAUGUUGAGAAGCCUCAGUGCUGCUCUGUGCUCCCUACCUCACUCUCUACCUCUCUCAUUCUACCUCUGCCACCCCCCUCCAUUACCCUCCUUCCCCAAGUUGUUGCCAUAAUUCCUAAUUUUAUUUUCCUAACCUCAAACUGUUCAAGCCCCUGAUGUAUUAGUCAGCUACAGUUUAAAUAAUUUUGAUAAAUUGGCACAUAUCUGCCUUUGUUCGCUUUUAGUCAUAGUCUGUAAAUGGUUAGAUGACGUAAUAGUUUUUUAUUGGGCAUGCUCCAGCCUCUUCAGCAGAAGAAAAAUAAAACGCAAAAAACUAAAGCAGACGCUUUCCACCUCAAUCUGUCAUUGCACCGUCGAAGGAAUAGCUCUACGAAGUCAAACAUCAUUGUGGUUUGCGACCAUUUGUGACGUCAGAUGAAUUUACUGCUCCAGAAAUAUACUGUAAAAUGAUGCAUUCAUAUCCUGUGGCAAUUCUCCUUGAAGGUAAAGAUCCCUGAGUUGCUAUUUGAGUUUUCAUUGUGGAACAUUUAAUGUUUUGUUUGCAUGCACUAUAUGUGAACUUCAGGGAAGUGAAAAUUAUUAUUGUGGAUAAUUUAAUUGACAAAAAGUGACAAAAUUAUGUUUAUACUCUGUAUAUGAAUUGUGAUAUAUUUUCUAUGCUGCUUGCAGGUUUUGUUUCAUGUAAUUAUUUAGGCUUAAUCAGUGCCAAGUAGAAUUUUUUUUUUUUUUUCAAAGCAGAUACAGGAAAACCGACAAUAUACUCAGCAAUAGUGAGAUUUAAAUUUGUAUCAUAUGGUAUUAUUUACUAGUGUUACUGAUUAAAUCUUUGGUGUUAUUGAUAAGAACUGGCCUGCUGUAUUAUGACAGUGGACAUCUCUUUGUAUCUGUGUCACAUUGUAUCUGCAGGAAGUAUUUUAUCAACAAUAAAGUUGUACAGUAAUAACUUUCCCGUCAUUUCAUGUUAAUUAGGCUCAAACUGUGAUUUGUAAUACUGACUCUAACAGCCUCUUAGCCAUGUUAGUGUCAUGGCUCUAACCUGACCUUCCUGA